AUGGCCGAGGGCAACAAAGUGGACGCAUAUGAAGUUAUCGAACUACAAGAUGCAAACAGUGCCGACAUUGAUGCUGAAGAGAACCAACUCCAACUCAUGGCUAAGAGUGCGCAAAAAGAACGAGUUGCUCAGAAGGAUGGCAGAGUGGUAUGGAGAGGAGCUAACGUGAUGAUGGUCAUAUUUUUCGUGAUGGCGGCUGGAGUGCAGUUCAAUGACCCUGAUCCAUACUUAUGGGUGCCCCUGUAUGGAGUUGCUGCUCUUUUGACUGCUUGUGUAGCCGUACGACCUUUUCUGACAAAUGUCAAAGUGUGGCAGUUGGGAUAUUGGAUGCAUACAAUUUAUUGCAUAGGAAUGUUUUUCUACGUUUUUGUAGAGUUGGUAAUUGCAGCUACAAAUCCGCAGUCUGAUGGAUCCUUAAAUCCACUCACAUACGAAGAGGGAAGAGAAUUAGCAGGAGUUAUGAUCACCACGAUAUGGAUGUUCAUUUGCAAACAAUCGCCUGCUAUAAGGUGUAUAUUUCCACCGUGGUGUCACUGCAGAAAAUCAACAACGGAUUCUCUUCAACAGCAAAACUCUGUAGAUGUAUUUAUGGACAUGGGGAAGGCCUCUUUGCUGCUCCCAGGCCCUUAAAAUCAAAAAACGCCAAAAAGACCAAGAAUGAAUCAGUAUUUGUUCUGUUUAUUGUGAUUUUCAGUUUGCUUCCUCUUUUUCUGUGGGCUCUUUGCUAUUCUGACGCAAUGAAUUCCAGUUAUAUUUCUUUGUGCAGUGAUUUCUUCCCGGAAGAAUUCUCUUUCUGACUCAAAAAUUUUUAUGAAAGCUCAUUUUUCCAGAGUCAAAAAUUGUUUCAGUAAUUGCACAAAUAAA